AUGAGCCCAUUAGACGUGGACAUAUGGCUGUACGUAAUGGCCGCCUACAUAGUGGUCAGUAUCACCAUGUUCAUAGUGGCCAGGUUCAGUCCGUACGAGUGGCGUAACCCACACCCAUGUGUUAUGGACAGCGAUAUUAUGGAGAACCAGUUUUCAAUGGCUAAUAGCUUUUGGUUCACUAUUGUAACGCUUAUGCAUCAGGGAUGUGACCUGAACCCCAAAGCCACGUCCACGCGGAUCAUCGGGGCGAUCUGGUGGUUUUUCACCCUGAUACUCAUCUCGUCGUACACGGCCAACUUGGCCGCCUUUCUCACGGUCGAGCGCAUGAUCACACCGAUCGAGUCGGUCGAGGACCUGGCUUCCCAGUCCAAGAUCACGUACGGCACGCUCGAGUCGGGCUCCACCAUGACUUUCUUCCGGGACUCAACCAUCGAGACCUACUCCAAGAUGUGGCGCUUCAUGGAGAACAGACAGGGGGUGUUCGUCAAGUCCUACGAGGAGGGGGUCCAGAGGGUGGUCGACGGGAAUUAUGCGUUCCUCAUGGAAAGCACAAUGUUAGACUAUAUGGUGCAGAGGAACUGUAAUCUGACACAAAUUGGUGGCCUAUUGGACAGUAAGGGCUACGGCAUAGCCACGCCUAUA